AUGCAACCAGAGUGCACAAAAGAUGUUGUUGAGUGUUUUCCAGAAUUGUUACUAGCUCUUAUUUCUAUAGCCAUACCUAUAAAAAAUAUACAGUCAUCAGCAUCAAGAGACAAGGAUAUUAUUCAUAAAUUGAACUGUGUCAUAUUAGGAAAGCUACUUGAUGUUAAUCAAGAUUUAUUGAUCUAUGUUUUACACUACUUUGAUGUUAAUCCAGCUCCAUUCGAACUUUUUGAUGAUUCUCUUGAUACACUUAUACCUGUAAAAAGGCAAAACAGAAGAAAAUUUUCACGUAUCUCAGAAGUAUCUGACCAUGAUAUUGUUAUCGCAUGUCAUAGUAUUUUGCAGUCUGCAGUUAGCCAUUUUAAGCAUAAAUGGAAUUGGUCUAAAUUUUACAAGUAUUUAACAAAUGCAGAUGACAGAGUAAAAUGGGUUGCCUUAAAAUGUAUAGCAAUAGUUUUGAACAUGUCUGAAUCAACAAGGUUAUCAUGGUUAAAAACACUCAUUCUAAACUUCGGAAAAUUUUUAAUUGAUUAUGAAGACAAAAGCGUAGAUACUAGUAUUAUCUGUGUCAGCUUUGAAUCGAUGGAAGACACAGUUAAAAAUAUCUCAUCUAUAAUAUCUGUUGGUGGCAUUUUAUUACCUACUCUUGGCAAGACUCAUAGCACUUAUAAUUUAGUUCCAGUUUCCUCCAUGAAAAAAAAUCUGCAAAGUUUGGCCAUAGCUAUAGGCUCUAGAAAAUGCAUUUGCCUGCAAGGACCAGUUGGUUGCGGUAAAACAGCUUUGGUAGAGUAUUUAGCCAGAGUUACUGGACAUGACUCGUCAAACUUCAUUAAAGUGCAAUUAGGUGAUCAGACUGACUCAAAGAUGUUACUGGGAAUGUAUAGAUGCACUGAUGUACCUGGUGAAUUUGUUUGGCAACCAGGUGUUCUCACACAAGCGGUUAUCGCUGGUAAGUGGUUACUCUUGGAGGAUGUGGAUAGUGCUGCCCUCGAUGUAGCUAGUGUUCUGAGCAAUUUGAUGGAAACUGGAACACUUUGCGUACCUGGAUACCGCGAUACUAUUUAUGUCAACAGUGGAUUCCAAUUGUUUGUUACUCAGCGAUUAAUGAUGUCUGUUACUGGAAUUCAAAAACAUGUCACAGGAUCCUCGAGUUUGUUGCAAAAACAUUGGCUAUGCCUAAAUAUGGAGCCUUUGUCUACGGAUGAAUUAGUGAUUGUAGUCCAAACGCUGUUUCCAGUAUUGAAUUCAAUUGCCACUAAAAUAAUAGAUGUAUUUUUGUUGUUUUCCGUGGGAGAUUAUGAUAGUGGAAGUAACGCAUGUGACGCUACACUGUCCCUGAAGAUUGGAAGACAGAUGUCAACACGAGAUUUAAUAAAGUGGUGCUCCAGAGCUAUUGUUGAUUUUGUUGUUUCAUCACCAGAUUCUCUAUUGAAAAUAUUUCAAGAUGCUCUAGAUGUCUUUUGCUGCUCAGUGUCUAAUCAAGAGCAGCGAUUGAAUUUGGCGAAGAAGAUAACUGAUAAACUUGGCAUUAUAAGGGAGAAGGCAGAGCACUUUUGCAAUAAGCAUAAACCGUUCAUAGACUUACUUCCUGAUCUUCUGGUAGCAGGCAGAGCAAAGCUGACUCGUAAAAAGGCAGAAUACGCGAGAAUAGAUAUAGAGAAGAUUAACUUUUCCUUUACAAGGCCUUCUGCAUGUUUACUGGAACGCAUAGCUAUCUGCAUCAAGCAAAAGGAACCUGUGCUGUUGGUCGGUGAGACUGGUACUGGAAAAACAAGUUCAAUUCAAUAUUUAGCGAGGAGCACUGGUCACAAAUUGGUAGUUAUAAAUAUGAAUCAACAAAGCGAAAGCGCGGAUUUGUUAGGUGGUUAUAAACCAGUCGAUCUGAAGUUCUUGAUCUCGCCUAUCCGGGAGGAGUUCGAGAUUCUGUUCCGUUCUUACUUCAUAAUUGAGCCAAAUAAAGAGUUUCUUAAACGUAUUGCUUCGUGUCAUAAGCAACAAAAGUGGAAAAAUCUUGUUAUUUUGAUGAGUCACAGUGCACAGACUGCUGUGAAGAGAUUGAGAACUAAGUGUGAAAAGUACUUCGAGGAUAAUACAUUUAGGAAAGACAUUUUGGAACGUUUCGGACAAAACAAAAAAGCUCAAAAGAAAUCUGACCAGGACGAUGAUUUAAAUAUGUUGAAGAAGUGGGAAAAGAUGUUGGAGAAACUAGACAAACUGAGAGCUCAAGUAAAGAGUCAAUAUGCACUGGCGUUCUCCUUCAUAGAGGGCAGUUUGGUCAGGGCUUUGCGAGACGGUUAUUGGGUUCUUUUAGACGAGAUUAAUUUGGCAAACGCAGAAACAUUGGAAUGUCUUUCCGGUUUGUUGGAAGGCUCCUCGGAGUCUUUGUCGUUACUGGAGCGCGGUGAUGGAGAACCCGUGAAAAGACAUCCUGAUUUUACAGUGUUCGCCUGCAUGAAUCCGGCUACGGAUGUCGGCAAGAGAGACCUGCCGGUUGGUUUGAGAAAUAGAUUCACCGAGUUUUACGUCGAUGAGUUGACCGAGCAGUCGGAUCUCGAGUUGCUCGUAAGUUCUUACCUGGCUGAAUUAAAUUUACCGGAAAAGCAUAAAGCAAUUGUCAAGUUUUAUUUAAACGUAAGGAAGGAAGCUAUGAGCACAUUGUUCGAUGGCACAGCCCAUAAACCGCAUUACAGUUUGAGAACACUGUGUCGCGCGUUGUACAUUUCUGCAUCAAAUCCUUGUAGUAAUGUCUUGAGAUCCUUAUACGAAUCCUUUUCUUUGAGUUUCCUGACGCAACUGGAUUACAAUUCUUAUCCGAUUGUACAAAAAAUGAUCGCGAAAGCUAUCCUCAACAACAAGAACAUUAAAGAAAUUCUUGGCAUUCCUAUACCUAAACCGAAGUGCAGCCCAGGGGAAGACUACAUAUAUAUUGAGGGGUACUGGGUCUUGCAAGGCAGUUUAACGCCCGAAAUACCUACUAACUACAUUUUGACAGAUUCCGUUAGAAGAAAUUUGAAAGAUUUAGUAAGAGUCGUGUCAAUUGGAAAAAUUCCAAUUUUGUUACAAGGUGAUACAUCGGUAGGCAAGACCAGUUUGAUUACGUAUUUAGCGAAAACUACAGGACACGUCUGCGUCCGUAUAAACAAUCAUGAGCACACAGAUCUACAAGAAUAUGUCGGAAGUUAUAUCGCAGAUGAAACUGGCAAAUUAGUAUUCAAGGAAGGGAUCCUAGUUGAUGCGAUGCGCAAAGGAUAUUGGAUUAUUUUGGACGAGUUAAAUUUAGCACCGAGUGACGUACUGGAGGCUCUGAACCGAGUUCUCGACGACAACAGGGAAUUGUUCAUACCUGAGACUCAACAGGUAGUGAAAGCGCACGAACAUUUUAUGUUAUUUGCGACGCAAAAUCCUCCCGGACUCUACGGCGGCCGAAAGGUUUUGUCACGAGCAUUCAGGAAUCGAUUUAUAGAAUUACACUUUGACGAGAUACCGCCAAAUGAAUUGCAGAUAAUACUCAAUCAGAGAUGCAGUAUGCCAGAAUCGUACUGCAAGCAAGUAAUUAAUGUAAUGACCGAUCUUCAAAUAAGACGCAAAAGUACGGCGGCUUUCGCCGGUAAAAGGGGAUUUAUAACUCUGCGAGAUCUGUUUCGUUGGGGCGAAAGGUAUAGAUUAGCGCCUGACGUAGGUAACAAACUAUAUGAUUGGAGUCAACAUCUGGCAGACGAAGGCUACUUAGUUCUCGCAGCUAAAGUUCGCAAAGCAGAAGAAGCAGACGAAAUACGACAAGUUAUAAAAAAACAUUUAAAAAGGGACGUGGAUCCCGACAACUUGUUCACGUUAAACGACAAAACUUCACCAGUUACGAGGCACAUUUUGGAGGAGAUCCUGAAGAACGGUAUCUCCGGUUUCAGGCACAUUGUAUGGACUUAUCACAUGCGCCGAAUAGCGGUUUUGAUGAAGAAAUCCUGUCAGUUCAAGGAACCGGUGUUGCUGGUCGGAGAAACGGGUGGAGGCAAAACCACAGUCUGUCAAUUGAUCGCAGCUAUCAAUGGCCAAGCUAUGCGGGGCGUGAACUGCCAUAUGCACACCGAAUCGUCCGAUUUUCUGGGAAAUUUGCGACCUGUUCGAGAUCAUGUCGAAAAUAAUCAAAAGCUCUUCGAGUGGAUGGACGGCCCUUUGAUAGAUGCUAUGCGUAACGGCGAUCUAUUCUUAGCUGACGAAAUUUCGUUGGCUGAUGAUAGUGUUUUGGAACGAUUAAAUUCACUUUUAGAGCCGGAGCGUAGUCUUCUAUUAGCUGAGAAAGGAAUAGAAUCUUUGCACGGUGAAGAGAACACCGUGAUCACGGCUGACGAAAAAUUCAUAUUUGUUGGGACGAUGAAUCCCGGUGGUGAUUACGGUAAGAAGGAGCUCUCGCCGGCCUUGCGAAAUCGCUUCACUGAAGUGUGGUGUGAGGGUUGCAUGGCCAGGAAUGAUCUACGCGAUAUAAUAAUACAUAAUCUUCGCACUGAUUUGGAAACAACGAAAGAGCCUAUCGCCAAUGCAAUAUUGAGAUUCACUGAAUGGUUACAAGCUACCGAAGUGGGCAAGAAGCUUACUGUGAGCAUACGAGAUGUGCUCACUUGGGUGAAUUUUAUAAACGUGUCAACCGCUAGCACCUUAUCGAAACUAUCGAUCGGAAAGGCGUACUAUCAUGGUGCUUGUCUCACGUACAUUGAUAGUCUUGGAUGUAGUUCCACAGGUUCAGAAAGUAUCAACAAAUUACAAGAUUUUACAGAGGCUGCUCUCCGAUUUAUUAAGUUGGAAAUUGAAAAUACAAUUAAACCUGAACUUGAUAUGGAAACUCCUGUGAUAAAUGAAGAUGUUGUAAAUGCUUCAGACAAAUUCGGGAUAUUACCGUUUUAUAUUAAAAAGGGACCACAUACCUGCGAAAAUCAUGCAUUUACGUUUACUCCUACUACGAAAUUGAAUACAUUAAAACUGCUAAGAGCAUUGCAGUUGAAUAAACCUAUUCUUCUGGAAGGAAGUCCAGGCGUAGGGAAAACAAGUCUAGUUUCUGCACUCGCGAAAGCUACAGGGCAUACUUUGCUCAGAAUCAACUUAAGCGAUCAAACGGAUGUAUCCGAUUUGUUUGGUGCCGAUCUUCCUGUAGAAGGCGGGAAAGGUGGUGAAUUUGCAUGGCGCGAUGGUCCAUUUUUGCGAGCUUUGCGUGCCGGAUAUUGGAUUCUGCUCGAUGAAUUAAAUCUAGCCUCGCAAUCGGUUCUGGAAGGACUUAAUGCAUGCUUUGAUCAUAGAGGAGAAAUAUACAUUCCCGAGUUAGGAAAGACAUUUUUAGUCAAACCUGGUACAAAGUUGUUUGGUUGUCAAAAUCCCUUGCGGCAAGGUGGAGCCAGACGAGGUUUACCAAGAUCAUUUUUAAAUAGAUUUACUCAGAUUUCUGUAGCUACAUUAAUGGAAGAUGAUUUGAAGUUUAUACUCCGUAUGCAAUUUCCAUCACUUCCUAUAGAAUUGAUCAAUCAUAUGGUGCAAUUCAAUAGUAAAUUAGCAUCAGAAGCUGGCAUCGUAUGGGGACAUACUGGUUCUCCAUGGGAAAUGAAUCUACGAGAUGUUAUCCGAUGGUGUGAGAUCACUAUCAAAGCAGCUUCUAAUGAAUUUUGCAACAAUAAACAAUAUUUUAAUCCAGGUGACGGUGUAGAACUUAUUUAUGUUAACAGAAUGAGAACUUAUGAAGAUCGACAAAAGGUCUAUCAGAUAUAUCAAGAAAUGUUUUCACUCGAGAAAUAUCCUCUUCCACCUAAUCAACUGCCCACGUACAUCACGGCAGACAAAUUUUCCAUCGGUGACGUGGUGUUAAGUCGGAAAAAUUGCAGUGAGCCCCAGGACUUCAAUUUGUUAGUACUUAGAGAUCAGAAAAGAGCUUUGAAGAGUCUCGUGCAGUGCGUUGAAAUGAAUUGGAUGUCCAUACUUGUUGGUACUUCGGGAAGUGGGAAAAGCAGUGUUGUUCGUUUACUUGCUGCUUUAACAGGCCAGAAAUUGAGAUCCAUUACUGUAAAUUCUGCAAUGGAUACUACAGAGAUAUUAGGUAGCUUUGAACAAACUGACUAUAAUCGACAUCUUGAACAACUAUUUGAGGACGUAACGACUUUACUUAUAGAAAGUCUGCAAACGAAGAUAACUGAUGACAAAUUGGAGCAGGUUACCGAACUUCAUGAACAUCUGGAGCAAGUGCGACACUUAUUUGAUGAAAACGUUGCCGGUAGAACAAUGGCUGCAGAAACGAAAUUAUUCUUACAUAAAAUCGAGGAAUUGUCGAAAUUAGUGUCGUCGAUGAAGCUUUGGGAAUCUUCUCGCGAACUGGAGCUACUAGAUAUCGAGUCGAAGCUGAGAAAUUUGUCGAUUUUCGUUGAACAAGAUAAAUGCUUGAAUGCCGGUGGAAAGUUCGAAUGGGUAGACAGUGUAUUAGUAAAGUGCUUGCAAGAUGGUACUUGGCUACUCAUCGAUCAAGUUAAUCUAUGUAGCCCGGCUGUAUUAGAUAGACUUAAUGGAUUAUUAGAGCCAAAUGGUGUUCUCAGUAUUGGCGAACGAGGCAUUGACAGCAAUGGAAAUGUCGUUACAAUCAAGCCACAUAAAAAUUUUCGCCUAUUUCUAACUAUGAAUCCCCGAUACGGUGAAAUCUCCAGGGCCAUGCGUAAUAGAGGCGUUGAGAUUUAUAUGCUUGGCUCGAAGGAGAACAUCGACAAGAAUCUAAUUGAUUUCAAUUCACUGUUGUUUAACGCCGGUAUUAUGAAAUCAGCGCAUCGAGAUGCAUUACUUGACAUCUACGACAGAAUGUCGGAAGAAAUUGUCUGGGAUCAAUUCAAUAUGGUCGAUUUGUUGCACACCGCGUUCUUGGUGAAGCAACGAUUGCUACGUGGAUUUUCUGCGAAGCAAUCGAUCAAAAACGCGUGCAUUGAUGUCUAUAUAAAACCUAGACCGUUAAGAGAUUCGCGGUUUAGAGAACAUUUGACUUCUCUGAUCGAUGAAAUUGUUGAGCAACGUGUCACGUGCGAUGAAGAAAUCUCGGUGAUCGAUUUGGAUGCCGCCACAUGGAGCGUGAAGAAUUUGCAAGAUAAUUCAAGACUCGUUUUAAUUAGACAACAAGGCUUAUUGUUGAACGCUGCUCUCAAGAUGUACGAAUCCUUGCUAAAGUCUGAUUCAGGAAAUAUCGGAAGAAAUAUUAUUACAACGAAGUCGUUGAACGACUUUUGCGGUCUUAAAGAGGAUGAGAAGUUUAUGUUGAACGUAGACGUUACUGAUAUAUUGUCAUAUCUCCUCUUAAAUUUCUACGAACAAUCUUCGCAAGAUGAUGCGCCACUUAGAAAGGAAUUGGUUUCGAAAAUGCUGCGAGGAAACGCGAUAUUUGAUAAUCUUGAACAUAAGAGUGAACUAAUGGAGAAAGUAAUUGCACAAUAUUGUUCUGAGUCAACAAACGCGAGACGCUCAUUACCCUUGGAUUUGUGGCAGCUUGUUGGAAGAACAACAUGCGAUAACGAUACUACUGGCAGGGACACGAACAAAUUAUUACUGUUGCUAUAUGCGGACAGUAUGAUUCUAAACAGAGAUAUAUCACUAAAGAAAACGGAAAAUAAAGACUUGAUAUCCAUAAAACUGUACUGUAGCGCUGUAAAGAAUGGUAAGCUAUUUCCACAAUUAAAAAACCAACCGCUCAUCACGUUCUUUGUACAGUUCCUUGAACAAGCGAGUUUUUACAUUAAAACAAUUUUACAAGAUAUAAAUAUUGAAAAGUACAUUGAUUUAAGAAAAGACUUGAGAUGGUUCUCGAGAUUUGAGAGACUAGGCGAAUUGACACUUAUAGAUAAAGCAGGAAAGUCUAAGGGUCUAUUUACGAAUUUGGAUCAGAUUUCUUUGUUGUUAAGUGUGCAUUAUAAAUGGCUAUUGAAGUUUUUACAUAUUGAAAAUGGAGAACAAUUGCAAAAAGAAAAUCAUACUAUCAAACGUUAUGAAUUAAAUCUAAAAAAUUUAAUAAAUAUGAUAUUGCUUGUAAUACAGGAAAAAUUUAAAGAUAUCAAGGAAGAUAUAUUGUAUAUAAAUAAAGAACCGAAUGAGAUGAAUGAUGUCAACAUAGAGAAGGAAGCAAAAGAAAAAUUAAAUGUGAAAUUGCUUGAACGAGAUAUAAAGGAGCUAAAGCUGUCUGAUAUAUACAGUUUAUUUUCCAACCUUUUGCUACUAAUACACGAAUUUGACGAUCUGCAAUCAGCAAAUCAUUGUAUCAGGUUGCUCCUAAAGUGUUUACCUCUGUUGGAACAAUAUAUCUUGCUCGUUCAAUUUUAUUUAAACGAGCAGGUGGCGUCAUUCCGUAUCACGUGUAAAAUACUGUACCUGCAAUUAAACGUAUUCUUAGAUUUGGCUGCAAAUGGGUUCUGUGUACCAAAAGAUUUAGAUCUCGAGGAAAGCGAAAUGAACGAGUCGGAAGAAAAGACAGAAAAAGGCGGGAUGGGUUUAGCCGAUGGUGAAGGAACGAAAGACGUUUCCGAUAGAAUAGAAUCCGAAGAUCAACUUGAGGAUGCAAGACCCGCGGACCAAGAACAAGAGAAACAAGAUGAUAAGGCUUGUAAGGAAGAGGAGAAGGGAAUCGACAUGUCUGAGAAUUUCGACAACGAGCUUCAGGAUAUGAAGAAGAAUGAUGAAGAGCAGAGUGAUGAUGAUGAUGAUGAAGAAAACGACUUGGAUAAAGAAAUGGGAGAAACUGAAAAAGGUGCUGAGCAGCUUGAUAAAGAAAUCUGGGGCGAUGAUCAAGAAGAAUCCGAAGAGGACAAUCAGCAGUCGGAAAACGAGAGUGAAGAGGAAGGUACAGGCGAACAAAUCGGUGAAAAAGAAAUGGGCGCGAGAGAUGAUAAUGGUAAGAGAAAACAGAAUGAUGACGACGAUAUGGAUCACGAUGAAAAUCAAGAGAAAAAUAAAAAGGAGAUUAAUGAGUUGGAUGAACCAAAAAUAGAUGAGGAUCAUAUUAAUCCUUAUCACGGUAAAUUUCAACCUCAACCGGAACCCGAACCACUCGAUUUACCAGAAGACAUGAAUUUGGAUGAAGACGGUAAGGAAGACAACGGUGGCGAUGAUGAAAAUCCAUUUGACAUUGAUGAGAUGAAGAAACCGCCACCAGAAAAGCAAGAUAUAAAGCUUGAGAAAGAAUCUGAGGAGAUUAAAGAAAAUGAUUCUGAGGAGAAUUCUAGCGAGGACGAGGACGACAACAAUAAUACCGGUAAGGAAAAUCAGGCACACAAGACAGAAGAGCUUGAAACUAGUGAAGAAACUGAAGAAAAAAGUGAUGAGAAUGCAGAAGCUGAGAACAAAGACGAGGAACAGAAUCAGGAUAAAGAAGCGGAGGAAGAACAACUACAAGAAAAGGCAGCGCCGAGUGCAAAUGAUGCGAGCAAAGAAAUGGAUGCUGCGCAACAAACUGAAGAAACGACGGAAGGUUCACGUGAUAAAGUAGCGCAACAAUCGGACGCGAAAGAUCAACAGGAAACUUCAUUUGAAAAUACUCAAGAAGACAAUAUUGAUAAAGGCACAGGCCAAUCACAAUCAGCACAACAGGAAAGCGGGCAUUCAGGAUCAUCUAAGCAGGAAACUGUUUCGGCACCGCAAAGCAACGCUAUGACAAAACCAAUCGAGAAGAGAAAUAAUCCGGGUGAGAGUAACGAGGAUCGUAGUCUGUUGAACAGAUUUGAGUCGACACUAAAGAAAUUAAAGACAACCUACACGCAAGACGAAGUAUCGAGGGAUGAAAACGAAGAUGAUGCAAAUAAUACUGAUGGCAAUAAGGCUGAGAUGGCUCAACACAUUAAGGAUUUUGAAAAAUUCGACGAUUAUACGCUCGACGCCGCAACGGAAGAUCAGGUUAGACAACAAGCUUCUAACAUGGAUGAGGAUAAAAAUGAGGAAGAGACAAAGGACGACACUAUGGAUGUAGAAAUGCAUGAAGAUAAGGAAAACGAUGUGACAGAUGAUAAAGUAAACGAGCACAAACCCGAAAAGGUCUCUGAAAUUACAGAUAACCAAUGCAAAAAAAAUUCCGAUGGUAAAAGAAACAUGGAGAACAAUCAAACGGAGACAACGGUCGAAUUAGAAGGAGAAACGGCGGAGACGAUGAAAGUGGAGAGAGGAAACGAAUCUACAUUUCAUACAAUGGAAUGGAACAUCGAAGAAAAUGAUCUUAGCUCCGAUCAUGUAGAAAGAAAGCGAUUUGAAAUGGAAAGAAUGUUGGGUGAAUGGACGCAAGUGCCCUCCACGGAGGAAGCUACAGCUGCAUGGAAUUGUUUGUGUUCAGUUACGGAUGCAGCUGCCAGGGAUUUGUCUGAAAAAUUAAGAUUAGUGUUGGAGCCCACGCAAGCAUCAAGAUUAAAGGGUGAUUAUAAAACAGGCAAACGCAUCAAUAUGCGAAAAAUCAUUCCUUAUAUAGCUAGUCAAUUUCGCAAGGAUAAAAUCUGGCUCAGACGCACGAAACCCUCAAAACGUGACUAUCAGAUCGUCCUCGCAUUAGACGAUUCCAGCAGCAUGGCAGAUAAUCAUUCGAAAGAAUUGGCUUUUGAAUCCUUGUCGCUGAUUAGCAAGGCUAUGACAUAUCUUGAAGUGGGACAACUUAGCGUCCUAAGCUUCGGGGAGCAAGUGAAAGUAUUGCAUCCUUUAGAAGAAGCUUUCACAGAACAAAGUGGCUCUAGGCUAAUACAAGAAAUGAAAUUUGAUCAAAAAAAGACGAUGAUUGGACAAUUAGUUGAUUUUACGGUAGAUAUGUUCGAAAGUCAAUGUGCUUCAUCCGAUAAUGCUAAACUGUUGGUAGUAUUAUCGGAUGGUAGAGGAAUAUUUUCAGAAGGAAAAGAAAAAGUGAAUUGUGCUGUCAGGAGAGCCAGGCUUGUAGAUAUUUUCCUAGUAUUUAUAAUAGUCGACAAUCCAAUUAACAAGGAUUCAAUAUUGGAUAUCCGUAUGCCUGUGUUUGAAAAAGGAAAAUUAUUAGGAAUUCGAUCAUAUAUGGAUAAUUUCCCUUUUCCUUUCUACAUGAUUCUUAGAGAUAUAAACACAUUACCAGGUGUUCUGAGCGAUGCUUUACGCCAAUGGUUUGAAGUAGUUGGAAAAAUUGAUACUUAAGAGAGACUUGUAAUAAUUUUAAAUAUUCAGAUUUAAAA